GUAUCGGACCUUUAUUUUUCCUGCGUAAACCAAUGAUGCACGGGAAGCCUCUUUUGGUGGAGAUGUGGAGGGACAUUUAUGCACAGUCCUGAAUUUUUUCCCGCCUGCAGGAAGUGUUAGUAGCUGGCAAUUGGCCUAUGAGUGAGGACAUGUAGUGAGUGCUCGUCAGAUUCCAGUAAGUUGGAAAAUGACUGAACAACAUGAGCAUCAAUAUUGCAUCAAAUUUUGCCAAAAGUUUGGCAAUACCCAAGCGGAAACCAUUCACAAGAUUCAACAGGCUUUCGGGGAUGAUGCCAUGAGCAACACACAGAUAAAGGAAUGGUACAACCACUUCAAAGAUGGCCGCACAUCAGUGGACAGCAAACCAUGUUCAGGCAGACCCUCAAGCCGAAAUGAGAUUGUCAUUGAGCUAGUGCAGAUUUUGGUCAUGGUGGACCAUUGUAUCACAGUCAGAGAACUUGCGAACGAGACAGGAGUAAGCAUUGGAUCGGUACAUUCAAUUUUGACCGAGGAUUUGGGUAAGAAGAGAGUGUCCGUGAAAUUCGUUUCUGCUGAUUCAGACUUUUGUCUUCAAACACAACAUUCCUGUGGUUUGUCACACUUCGUACUCUCUCAACAUGGCUCCAUGUGACUUUUGGCUAUUUCCCAAGCUGAAAAUGCUGCUAAAAGGAACUCAAUUUGAGCCAAGAGAAAACAUCAUCAUCAUACAGAAUGCAAUGGACCAGCUGAUGACCAUUCCAAAAGAUGCGUUCCAACAGUGUUUCCAGCAAUGGCGGGAGCACUAGGAGAAGUGUAUACAUUACCAAGGAGACUACUUUGAAUGAGAUUAGGGUUUUGUUUCUCAAAAUCAAUAAAUGUAUUUUUGCUGAUCAAAGGUUUGAUACUUUUUGAACAGCCCUUGUAUAUCCUUAA